GAGCAACAAGUCAUCGGAACAGUGAGAGACAGACACGAACGCGUGGGAAAACUCGUCCUUGCUUGGCUGUUCGUCCACCUUGGCACUUCCAGGCUUUCCCACCACCACUGCCCCCCUCCGCCAACUCCAAUGCUUAAAAGGAAGUCUCCUUCAGCCGCAGGACCACGAUCGGAGGAAGGUCACUCAACUCGACCUCGAACCGCCCCACCAUGUUCCGGUUCACCUCUGUCUCCUUCUGAGCGGAAGAGCUCUUAUACCCUUCCGCUCACCGUCGCCAUUUCUCCGUUCUUUCUGUCGUCUUUUCGAACUUCGCUCUGCUUUUCUGUCGGACAUUCUACGAAUAAUAUCAGCUGAAAAUGGCUGUGCAAGUCCUUCAACCAGAAUCAGUCUAUCGGAAGCAGCAACUAUGCUCUCGCCAAUACUCAAAACGGCCGCCGCCGAAAGACCUUUACAAGAAGCACAGUGACUUGGCAAGGGCUUUUGUAGCAAUUGCGUCCACCAUUAUUGAGCUUUUCGAAAAACCUUCUAAGGCAGCGCCGCUUGCUAUCAGCUAUCAAUUAAACCCACCAGACAUCACAAAACCUUCAGAAACCAAAGCCAAUUGUGCCAUUCGCCCGAAGACCGUCGCUCCGCUCAUCAAUGUCGUCGAACAACUCCUCCAUCGCAGCAGGACCUCCUGCUCCGCUUUCCAAACCGCGUUGCUGUACCUCCUCAAACUGCGAACUUGCGUUCUGAGAAAGGAAGCGCUCGGAGGGUCUGCCUCCGCCACCGCCACUGAGUUUCCCCUGCGCUGUGGAAGACGAAUGUUCCUGUCUGCACUGAUCCUCGCAAACAAAUACGUGCACGAUUCGAGCAUUUCCAUGAAGGCUUGGGCCAGCAUCUCUGGCUUGAGCGUGCAAGAGCUUUGCGCCAACGAGCGAGCCUUCCUUCAUGCCGUAGAUCACGACCUGCAUGUUCCGGCACACAGAUGGAACAAAUGGAAUCUGGCACUGAGGAGAAACGCGGCCCUGAUGACGAUGGCCCGCUCGAGGAACUGUCGGAUGGCAGCCGCUCCCUGACACUUUCGGUUCAGGUGUAUAUUCUGGUGGAGUGUUUUCCUUCUGUAAUGUAGAUACCUCUGGCUCGGUAAUGGUAAUGACGCAUAUACUGGUUUCGGUCCGUUGAAUUUGAUAUCCAUUUUUGGCAUGGAAGUGAUAAUACCGUAGAUAGAACGUUUAUGGAAUAGAUGUGCUCCUAAUAAACAGAUUCGCAGCUGCGCUCCUAAGAAACAAAGCAAAACAAC